UCGCGUCACAGACACGCGCACAGCUGCUGUGCUGCUCGGCGGAAACUUUCAGGACGUGACCCACAAAGUUCCGACAGCUGUCAAUCAGUCCGGAAAUGUUUCCACCGGCCGUUAAUAAACCACACUAGAGGGGGGCAGAAGCGCGCGCCGACAGGCGACCACCCAUGUCUAAAAGCCCAAAGUGAAGGAGAUGGGCCUGUUCGAACCAGAGCCUGACACACCUGUCACAGUGACGGCGGCGUGUUCGGGUCAGCUGCUGGGCGGCGGCGGCCCCCUCUGCACGGCUCAGUCGGCAGCGAGGAGCCUUCCUGUCAGGACGUUAGCCGCAGUCAGGGCAGUGAAGAAAGACAAAAAGGGGGGUGUGGAGGAGGUAAAGAAGGAGAAGAGGCCCAUCCAGGACAAAGACAGACACAAGCCCUUUGGGAAGACCGCCUGGGUCCCCGUGGACGACGUGUUCAUUCUGAAGUACUAUCCCAGGACUGUCUACGGAGCGGCGGAGGCCAUCCAGAUGCUGAAACGCUUCCAGGUGUUGGACUUCACUCCUCACAAUCAGCCAGUCUACAUCGACCUGAAGCUGGACAUGAAGCUGGAGAAAAAGAAAAAGAUUGACCCCUUUGUGAGCACUGUGCACCUGCCCCACCCCUUCAAGACGGCCAUCAACAGGGUUUUGGUCUUUACCGAGGAUCCAAAUCAAGCCAGAGAGGCCCAGGAAAACGGAGCUGCCGCUGCCGGGGGGGCGGAGCUAAUCCAGCAGGUCCUGGAGGAUGAGAUCUCCGCUGACUUCUACCUCGCUGUUCCUGAAAUCCUGCCCAAACUUUUACCGCUAAAGAACAAACUCAGGAAGAAGUUUCCAAAGAGCAAGAGGGGAACCGUCAGCACCAACAUUCCCAAGACGCUGGAGCUCUUUAAAACGGGACACGAAUACCUGGUGGAGAGCGACUGCUACAUCCGAACGCAGAUAGCCACGCUCAACAUGACAACAGAGCAGAUCUCUGGCAACCUGCAGACGGUCCUGAUGGAUGUGUGCUCACACCGACCGCCCAGUGCAGGGCCCUUCAUCGAGCGGGCGAUCAUGGCCAGUCACACCAGUGAGGCUGUCUGGUUCCACCAUGAGGAUGUUUUACCACACCUGGGGCAGGAGGGGGGCAAAUGAGAUGUCUGCAGAUUGUGGCUGAAAGUUGGACUCAAUAAAGCUGCUGCUGUGUGAUUUCUCA